GUAUGUCUUCAUUAUCAAAAGCACAAAGCGUGCCAAGGUACUCCUUCUUCAGCAGAGAUAAAGGAGAAACUAGGGAAACAAGGAUUAAAAAGAAAUUUGGACAAAAAAAUACUGGACAGAAAAGAAGGCUGUAGUCCUAAAUCAGCAAAAAGGAGGAAAAAAUCAUCCAAAGCAAACAAAAAAAAAAAGACUAAAUCAAAGGUCAACGGUGGGAUAAAAGACAGGAGGGAAACGGAAAGCGGUGACUUUGAGACUUAAAGAAAGAAAGAAGAGAGAGACCCGUAGCAGAAAGGAUUAAGACGUGAAGGGAAGACCUGAGAGUGGCACACCAAAGAGACGUGAUAGCAAAACAUCGAGCGUGACAAACUGUACAGGCGACAACGUCCUCUGCUGCCCGCGGAUAAACGGAGAAGGAAGUGACACCACCAUCAGCAUCAGCUCUGAGGAAGUUUACAGCCGGUAAACAAAACCGUCAGCAGCAAGAGAAUGAUGCUGACGUCCCUGAUGCUCGGCUGCAUCGUCUUCACUGCAACGCAGUUUUAUUUAGGCUCCGCCCACAUGAUCCUUGAUGAGCGACUCUCCACCAAUAUGGCUGUUGUGUCCAACGCUUUGUCCCAGAGCAUUGAGAUAGAAACACCCCCUGUUGUUAUUGUAGAGUUGGCAAAGUCUACAAAGAAGAAAGAGAAAACAAGAAAACAGAAAAAGAGCAAAUUUGCAGUGAAGAAGCGACCUCCUCCCCCCCCUAACUGCAUCCCCCUGUGGGGGAGCUGUAAAUCACCAGAAAAUGUGUGCUGUGAUUUCUGCGCUUUCUGCCAGUGUCGGCUCUUCAAAACUGUCUGUCUCUGCCGAAUGGGCAACCCCGGCUGCUAAAGGUCAACGACGCUCCGUGUCCAUGGGGUUCAAUUACCAGUUAAAGGAAACCACAUGCGGGGAACGUGGUGAAAGGUGAUUCACUUUACAGACCUAGUUUGUAAUUUUUCUCAAAACUCACAGCAUGAAAGCACUUUAUCACAGAGGAUCGCUCCACGGCAAACUUUACUGAAGUGGAACAGGGUGUGAGGCUUUUAGCACUGCUAUGACACUCAAAAUAAAAGAUUUCAUUUUUCUUUGAGCUGAGCUUGUAGGACACGUACAUACAUGAACUUAUAUGAUCAGAUCUAUGCUAUGUUUACAUAUGACUACACAGACUCUCAGUGUUACCAUUAAAUACGAUUGGUGUUAAAAUCACAUGAAUCUAUUAAGAAUAAAGUGUCUUUUCGACCAA